AAUCAAAAGCAGAAAGCACUUACUCCGAGCAUUGGUGAAAAUCACUGAUAUGCAAAUACUUAGAAUUGUGUUUCAAUGAAGUAGAAGCUCAAAAGCAUUUUUCAAAUCAUGGUUAUCAAGUCGAGUCAAGUCGGUGUGGAAGAAACCAGGAAUAAGAAAAAAUCUAUUCCAUAUGUAUAUUGUGUAUGUGUAUCAUAUGCAAAAUCAAAAUUUAGCAAAAGAUUACCCCCAAUUUGUUCCCCUUUCAAAUAUCUAUAUACUCCGUCAUCAACAUACUUUGUGCAUAAUUUAAAAAAAACCAAUUAUACCUGCUGCUCAAAACCAACAUUCAGGUCCAAUACCAUCUACCAUUGGGAAUCUAACAGCACUGGUUUAUUUAGUAAUCCCUGUCAACAAGUUAACCGGAGAGAUUCCAUCGUCCAUUUGCAACUUGAGAUACCUUCUUGUUCUCCACUUAUCAAAUAAUAGUUUUGGAAGGAGAAACUUGAGCACAUCUUUAUCCAUCUUCCAUAUGGGUGCAAAUCAAAUCAGUGGUCUCAUUCCAUCAACAUUAUUUCCCAAGGGAUGUAAAAUUCAGCCCAUUAAUCUGAAUGGUAAUAAAUUGGAAGGAACAAUGUCUCAAUCCUACUCAACUACCAAAGCCUGCAAGAUAUCGACAUAGGUGAUAAUGAAAUACGAGGCAUGUUUCCCUUCUGGAUGGAAACACUCCCUCAACUUCGUGUUGUCGUCUUGAGGUUCAAUAACUUCAAUGGUACGAUGAUGUUAGUGGCUCCAAAAACUGAGCAUCCAUUCCCCAAGUUGCAAGUCUUAGAUAUAUCAAGAAAUCCAUUUUCCGGUUCUUUACCCGAAGCGUUUUUCAACAACUUUCAAGGCAUGAUAGACGCAGAGGAAAAUAAGACAGUUGAUGGAACAGAUUGGUUUAAAAAAUUAACAGAGUUGAGGUUCAUUUUGAAAGGUUUGGAUCAGUCACUGCAGAGACUGCUGGUUACUCUCUGCUGGAUACCUUUACAACAAUUGACUUAUCAUCCAAUAGGUUUUAUGGGAGUAUUCCACAUUUCAUAGGAAAUCUUAAUUCUCUAAGAUACUUGAACUUGUCUCACAACACCCUCACCAGAAAUAUACCUUCUUCUCUUGGAAAUAUGAGUGAACUUGAAUCGCUGGACUUGUCAGCAAACAAACUGGACGGACAAAUUCCGAGUGAAUUGACAAGGUUGACAUUUCUUGAGAAAUUAAGCCUUUCAGUGAACAAUCUUUUGGGGCAACACCACAAUCUACUCAGUUCUCAACAUUCGACAACGAUUCCUAUAUGGGAAAUACUGGACUGUGUGGAGCUCCAUUGACGAAAACAUGCAACCCAGUGAAGAAUGGGCAACGGAUGCAACCAGAAGAAGAAGAAAAAGAAGAAGAAGACUAUGAUUCUGAAUUUAUAGAUGGAUUUAGGUGGCGAAGCGCUGCAUUGGGGUAUGGAUGUGGAUUCGUAGUUAGAAUUGGAAUGGGGUGCUGCAUUAUUAGACAUGGAAUGCCAAGAUGGUUAGUCCAAAUCUUUUUUGGUGUUGGAUAUGUAAACCAUAAGCUGAUGAUGAAGAGAAGGAACCGAAGAACAAGAGAAUGAGUACUAAAGAGUAUGCGUUCCAAAUCUAGCUGCUUUCUCCCUGUUUACAGGGUAUUUGUUUAAAACUAUCAUUAGGUAAUACUCCCUCCGUCCACAAAUAAACUUUUCGUUCAUUAUUCACAGUGUCAAACUUUAUUCACUUUUUUGGCCUAUUUUCAUCAUCCAUUUGAUAAAAUAAUAUAGUCAUGUCACCUCUAGUUUUGUAGAUCUUUUGAUAUAGUUUUUUAAUAUGUAAUUUUUGAUUUAAAAUUUUACACCAUUUUUCAUAUAAAAUGAUUUGAAAAUAAUUUCAGUCAAACAUCGUAACGCGUGAUGAGAAGUUUAUUUGUGGACAGAGGGAGUAUAUUCAAAAUGUUGAAAUUAUAAGGCUAAAGCUUAUGUCGAACACAGACGUAAUUGAUAGUAAUAUAUAUUUUUGUUGGGUACAAAAGAGAGGAAAAAUAGUUGAAAAAUCUUAUCUUCUUCCUCCAGCAAAAUAAUUUUAAGAUGAAAUUGAUAGAGUAUGUUAUCAAGAAUUCAUUAAAAAACUAUCUGCAACUCAAUUGAUAGAGUUAUUAAGAAUCCUUUACAAAACCCUAGCACAACUAUGGAGAAUUUCCCAACUAUCUGAUGUACCAGUAAUUAUUUAUCAAGCAUCUAAUUUGCAAUUUGACGCCAUUUACAAAGCUUUAUGCAAUUUGAUUUCUUCAGUUCAUAGUUCUCAUAUCUUAAUCAAAUAGGGAGUAAUAAAAAACGAAUUAAUAGCGGAGGUUUUGCAGCUGAAGAUUUUUUUUUUACCGUAAGCGAAUUGGAGAGGAGAUGAAAUUGAUCCUGGUGGAGGCUGGAGCCGGGUCUCCAAAUCUUCUCAGAUCGAUGACUACGACUUCUACAAACUUAGAGCUGG